AUGUCUCCCCGGAUCGCCUCCCCAGCCGUUCUCGCUCUCGUUUUCCUUGCGCUCCGGCUGUCAUCCCCUGCGGGAGCACAGGGCACGUUCGGCGACGGGCCUGGCACGAGCGCGACAUGUGGACCGGAUUACAACUGGAUGAACAAUCACAUCUCCCCGCCACAAUCCCCAUGCUACGUUGCCUCCUUCCUGCUCUCCGUGUGCUAUCUACCCGCUGACUCAUGGAUUCUCCCGCUUUAUGAAAACGAGACCUACAGCCCCCCGACUGAGGACAGCUACGUCCAAUGUCUUUGCAACUCGGUGUGGUACAACAUCAUCCAGGCUUGCACAACUUGCCAAGGCCGUGAUGCCAGCGUCCAAACAUGGUUCACUUACACCGCGGCGUGCGGAAAAGCGGACGCCGGCCCCACGAUCGGAUCCUUCCCACCGGGCAUUCCUGGCCUCACCGCCAUCCCUUCCUGGGCCUUCCUUGACCCGACAGUCACAGGUACUUUCGACGUCAACGCGGCCUCCUCUGUCGCUCUGUCCAACCCUACCGACUCGACCCAAGCCCAGUCCUCCACCACAUCCUCCACAACCAACGUCGGCGCGAUCGUCGGUGGCGUCGUCGGCGGCGUGGCCGCGCUCGCGCUCAUCGGCGGCGCGACGUACUUCCUUCUCCGUCGCCGCCGCGGGCGCAAGACGCACCCUGGACCGUCGCAGGGGCAGUUCGACAUCGCGCCGCCGUCGCCGCCGCCGCCGCCGAUGAGCAUGUACGGCGGCAGUGCGGCCACCGGGCAUGCUGCCCAAGCCGGCGCGCAGCCGCAUGGGAGCCCCGUCGCGGCUGAGGGGCAGCGCUUUUCGGACCCGUUGGUCCCGAACAAGCUAUACGAUCCCAACGACCCGUCGACGUUCCCGAAUGCGCAGGCAUCCCGCGCGGGUUCGGCACAAUCGCCUACACUACAGGGUAGUGCACAGGGUGGGCAGUUGGGCUAUAAGGGCAUCCCAGAAAUGUAG